AUGUUGAGGUUAAUUCAGAAAAUAAAAUGCAUUGUGCGUCCAGCAACAACUUACCAAAUCAAAAAAAUCUCAACUUCUGGCCCCAAACGAAACGUUUUCCACAACAUUCCAAAUUUAGUUUUCGGGAAAUACUUAUUACACACAAACAUUAUAAGUUCAGGAGUGCUUUUAUGGUGGGGUGAUAUUUGCCAGCAAGAAAUCGAGUUCAGGCAAGGCAUAAUUGCUAAAAGAUAUGACUAUGCAAGAAUGGCUCGUAUGUUCACAGUGGGCAUAGCCCUAGGCCCUUUGCACCAUUACUAUUACAUUUACAUAGCAAAAGUAAUGCCCAAACGAAAUCUUGCAACAGUAUUUACUAAAAUAGGCUUGGAUCAAUUUAUAAUGUCUCCAAUAUUUAUAGGGGCAUUUUUCUAUAGUAUGGGGGCUUUAGAAAUGAAGCCUUUAAAAAAAAUGAAUGAAGAAAUUUUAAAUAAGUUUAUGGAAGUUUAUGUGAUGGAUUGGUGCGUAUGGGUACCGACACAAUUUGUAAACUUCUGUUUUGUUCCAGUUAAAUAUCAAGUUUUUUAUAUAAACGCCGUAACAAUGCUGUAUAACAUCUUCUUAUCUGCUAUAAAACACAAAGAUAUUGAACAUAAACAUGAUACAGAGUUGAAGGAACCUUUAGUAUUAAUACCAUCUAGUAAUACUAAUAAUUAA